CUCGCUCGCAUUUUCUCUUAAUUCUUGCCUCGCCACACUGCUAGAUGCUGCCUGAUCUGCUGAGUUCCUCCAGCACUUUCUGUGUACUGCUCUUCGACUUCCAGCACCCGCAGAAUCUUCCGCGUCCAAGAUCUCGGGGUGUUUCUGAAUCAUCGGAGAUGCCCCCAGUCCCCGCUUUGUGGGAGAAGCUCACCCCUGAAUGGAGGCACUGCGGUCGCAGACGCCAGUUGCCGAGAUGGCAGGGGUGACCACGCCUGUCAUUGGCUGCAGUUCGCCCUGCGCCGUCCCGAGGUGGCGACAGGCGCUGUAUAAAUGAAACUCUGCUAUAGUCCGGCCGCUGCCCCGGCCCGCUGGGCUGGACGGCACACGGCGCUUUCCUCGCCGGCGGGAGAGAGAGGGGGCACGCAGUCUGUGUGUCAGCCGCCUAUCAUCAUGUCUUUACUGUCUCAGUCCGAGGAGGCAGAGCCCGAGCGUUUCGAUGGACUGUCGUUGUUGUACUGGACCAUCAUGGGACCCUAUGGAAUCAAUCGGGCUGUACAACGUAUGGUGUUCUCUGACUGUGAGAAUGGCCUGGGUAUUAAAGUUAUUGGUGGGUUUAAAGAACAAACCGGUGAGGAGUAUGGAAUUUAUGUUAAGCGUAUUUUGCAGAGUGGAAUAGCAGCAAGCGAUGGUCGACUGCAGCCUGGUGAUUUGAUCUUGGAGGUGAAUGGAGAGGACCUGGCUGGAGUUACGAACGAGAGGGCUGUGGACAUCCUGCGCACCGCCUCAGCAUCCAGUCACAUGUCCUUGCUGAUCGCUCGCGAUGAUGAAUCCAGGAGAGAGUUCACAGAGCUGAUGGAGAAGUAUGGGUCGCAGAGUAACACAGGAUCGGCCCGGAGCUCCCCCACUCCCCACAUCAUAGGAAGAUGCCCGGAGAGUCCGACCUCCUCCUCCUCUGGUUCCCUCAGCCCCAAGGACAUCGGACCCUCGGCCCAGGCCGCGGCGUCAGCAGGAAGUCAUGGUGCAGUCCAGCUUAUCACCGUUCCCAGGGGUCUGGGUCUCGGUCUGAACAUCUCGGGUGGCACUAACAAGCCCGACGGGCCGAUGGUGCACGUGCAGGAGGUGGUUCCCGGCGGAGAGUGUCACAAGGAUGGGAGACUGAGAGCCGGAGACCAGUUGGUGUCUGUCAACAAGGAAUCUCUGGUUGGAGUUACCCACGACAAAGCUAGGAGCAUCCUCACCAGGCUGAAGCUGAGGUCAGAGGACAUGGUGGAGAUUGCCUUUAUGAGAAGAAGCUCUCAGUCAGAGAGUGCAGGGGCCCAGCCGAACCCACCCCCUGUCUCUCCCAGCGGCUCUACUGCCCCCAAGCCUACCAGUUUCAGUUUCCUGUUGCCCCCACCCAGCCACCGGCACGGUCCAGCAACCCCGGUCCAGAGCCUGACCGAUGACUCCGCCUCCCUGCAGUCCACUCAGGGCAAAUCCGCAGGGAAGAAGAGGGAUCGUUCUCCGGCUGGUUCACCCACGCAGAGUCUCCCUGAUCCAAGUUCUGCAGUUGGUACGAGUCUAGCCUGGCCACAACCCCGAGGGAGGUCACUGUCCCUCAAUCCCAGCUUUCGCCUGAAGGUGGAGAAGUUGGAGAUGGCACUGGGGUACCUCGGGAUUGAUCCCACCCAGCAGCAGCAACAGACCCUCCGGCGUCAGCUCCAGGUGGACUCCAAAGGAACGGUGGCCUAUGGAGACUUUGUACAGGCAGCCAGAGACUUGUUCCGACUGCAGCUGGAUGACACGGCUUCAGAGUCGGUGGAAUGGUCUGUCGCCAGCCUGUCUGAGACAGCCCGUACUACUCAGAUUCCAUCAUCUACGUCAGUGGAUGCUGAGGACCUGGAAAAAGUUGCUCAGGAGCGGGACGAAGCACUGAAGGAACUGAAGAAAGUAAAGGAGGAGCUGGCACAGUCAGAGAAAAACAGGAAGCAACUGAGUGAGGAUUUACAGAAAGUCAGACAGGAGGUGAAGAGCGCGGUGGAAGAGGGCCGUUGCUUGCGGAGCCGGGUUCACCUCGCUGAGGCAGCACAGCGACAGGCACAGGGCAUGGAGAUGGACUACGAGGAGGUGAUCCGACUGCUGGAGGCAGAGAUUACAGAGCUGAAAGCUCAGCUGGCAGACCAGCACGGCCAGACCAAGGACGACACUCAGGACCUGAGAAAGCGAAUCGCUGUCCUCGAUUGUCAGCUACGGAAGUCAGAGUCGGCAAGGAAAGGCUUUGAGGUGUCCACUCAGAAACUGCUUCAGUUUGUGGAGAUGGUCCACGAGCUCCUCUCGGAGAGUCCAGCUGCCCCAACUAGUGUCUGUGGGAUUGUUAGCAGAAGAUUCUCGGGUCCACCGACCGCUCAGAAUGUCCCCUCUUGGUAUGGCCACGGUGGUCCCAGAACGCUGACUUCACUUUCAGCCGAUGCCAAGGAGCUGGCCAACUCAGUCCGCUCCAUCGUUGAGACCGACUGUCUACCCUACGGAUGGGAAGAAGCUUACACAGCAGACGGGAUCAAGUAUUUUAUCAACCACGUGACCCAGACCACGUCCUGGACACACCCCGUGGGCAGUGCCCUGCCCUGUGCAGAGAGGAGCAUCGAUGCUGUUCCAGGGGUCCUCCCCGAGUUCAGGAGCUGACAGAAGCACAGAAUGUCCAGCAGCGGCCAUGGCGAAAGCGUUAGAAAAGUCGUUUCAUCGAAAGCAUCUUACACAGAUCCCACAAGCAGUGAGAUUCACCAAAAGAUCUUGAGAUACCACUGAAUACUCGGUCACUGUGUUCAGUCUAUGCCCGGUCAAUAUGUUCUGUAUAUACCCGGUCAAUAUGUUCAGUCUAUACCCGGUCAAGGUAUACCCGGUCAAUAUGUUCUGUAUAUACCCGGUCAAUAUGUUCAGUCUAUACCCAAGUCAAUGUGUUCAGUCUAUGUUCAGUCUGCUCUGAACACGAUAGAAUUUGGAUCAGUGAGUCUCAGUUGUCUGUGCCUAGCACCCUGACUGUCCACCAUUGCAGACAAGGAAAGAAUCUGUGUCUGGCCAUGGGAGUGCACGAUGGGAUGGUGUGGAGGGAGCUUCACUCUGUGUUUAAGCUGUGCUAUUCCAAACCUGGUAGUGUUAUUUCUGAAAAUGGGAGAAAAUUAUUCCUUUUCUCCACACCAACAGCCUCUCCCUGUUUUCUAACCUACUCUACUUCACAAAUAAAAGCAAUAAUUGUUUUUGUGGAGA